CGCUCGGCAGGUAGGUGUGACGCCAUUGGGAGGAGUUAGGGAAGUCAUACAGACCUUUGAGGAAAACUAAGAAGAUGGAAUUAAAGUGAUGGGAUUAUCGUUGUGAAUUUACCAGUUUUUAAUAUAAACCCGAAGAUAAAAGGACUACAAUGUGUGGCUUCGACAAAGAAAAAGGUCCACGGCGUCUAAUGAGGAAGGGUAUUGCCUUAAUUUUUGUUGGACACAUCAACUUUGUUCUGGGAGCUAUAGUACAUGGCAAAGUUUUACGGCAUGUGUCUAAACCAGCAGAUUCCGUCACCACAGAGUACUGUGCUGCCAAUAUCAUCUCUGUUAUUUCUGGAUUAUUGAGUAUUACAACAGGAAUUGCAGCUAUUCUUGUGUCACGAAAUUUAACAAGUGCGAAACUACACUGGUGUUUGUUGAGUUUCUCUGUAUUAAAUUCAUUGGUGUCAACCAUGUGUUCACUUGGAUUGAUUUUGGCCAUCUCACUCACCAUUUCUAAUGGAGGCAAGAACCUUGUAUGGGGCUGCAACACCACAAUACUUCCUGCUGAAACCAGAGCAUCCAUCCUCAAUGAGUGUCCAUUUGAUACAACGCGCAUUUAUGAUACAACAUUGGCACUGUGGUUUCCUUCCAUGGUCAUGGCUGCUGUUGAGGCAGCUUUAUCUGUUUGGUGCUUAGUGGUGUCUCUGACCCUCCGUGGAAUUGGUCCAUGUGGCCAGCGCUAUCUCAGAGAGAAGUUGGAAGUGUUGCGGGAUGAUGUACCUAUAGAAAUGGUGAUGCGGAGUGAGCCAGAAAAUGGAAGUGUUUCCUGGGGAGACAUUAUGGAGAAGGUAUUAAAGGAGUAUGCCGAGACAAUCCUGAAGAAUGGUGAUCAGAGUCAAACACUGAUCCGUAGGUCACCACAGAAGCUGAAACCAGAUAAUAACUAG